ACAUUUAUUUAUACUUUCAAUUUCAUUACGCGUACUGUACGGCAUGGGACAUGAUGAUAGGUGUGCAAAAAUCAUAAAUGUGAAAAUAUGAAACUUCACAUAUAGCAUGUCCUUACUGUUUCAAAAUCUGCAGAGAGUAGUUUCCCUUGACACGCAACUUUUAAAAUCUCAAAUCCACCUUCUACGCAGGCUGUUUGAAGUAGAGGCAUAUGAUAUAUCAGUUACCUGUGUAAGCAACAAGAAAAUUACUCAGUUGAACACCACGUACAGAGGAAAGAGAGAACCAACAGACGUCUUAGUGUUUCCCUUUUACGAUGACCUUGAGCCCGGAAAACUACCCACUACUCCAGAUCAUGGUGUCUUGGAUUUAGGAGAUAUAUACCUUGGAAUCCCUUACAUUUCCCAACAGUGUUGUCAAAACAACCAGAGGGUACAGGAAGUUCUCCCUGUCAUGGUAACACAUGGUAUCUGUCAUCUGAUUGGUUAUGAUCAUGAUAUAAAGGAACAGUAUGAAGCAAUGCAUGCUAAAGAGUUGUUGAUCUUGCGGGAAUUUAACAAAAUUACAGGAUACAGUUGUGCCCCAUUACUUCAAGUUGGUCAUUAUUUGAGUGAAUGAAUGUAGCAAAAUCUUUAUCAAGUUUGAAAUUAAUUUGUCGGGUAAAUAAUUCAUCAAAGUAAAAUAUGGAUAACAAUUCCUGUCAACAAGAUGGAACAUGUGAAAUUGAUUUUGAUGAAAAUUCAGCACAUGCUGUAGAUCAUGAUGUAAGAGAUCCAUCAGUGGAUGUUCUAAAUAUGGAGGUGAAGAAAAUGGCUGUCACAGACACGAAAUCGGAGCAGGAUGCAUCUGAGAAGACAACAAGGAGCAGAAACUUGGAGGAGAAUUUCUGUCACUCUGCUCGAACUCUCUCGGGGCAGGAGAUUACGAAACUAAGGAGGGAUGUUAAUUGUGUGUCAGAUUUUAAACAGAACAAGCUGGAAAGAGAAGCACAGAAGAACUGGGACCUGUUCUACAAGAGGAACACCACCAAGUUCUUCAAGGAUCGCCACUGGACGAAGCGAGAAUUUGAUGAAUUGUGUCCUGUGGAGUCAGAGACAGGCAGACGGACAAUGUUGGAGGUUGGUUGUGGGGUGGGGAACUUUAUCUGGCCCCUCCUACACGAGGAUGACUCUGUGUUCUUCUAUGCUUGUGAUUUCUCUCCCAGGGCUGUACAGUUUGUAAAGGACAAUCCCGACUACGACCCAGAACGAUGCUGUGCCUUUCAGUGUGACAUCACAAGUGACGACCUGAGUGUGACCAUUCCACAUGACUCGGUAGAUGUUGUGUCUAUGAUCUUUGUCCUGUCUGCCAUACACCCAGACAAAAUGGAGGCUGCCCUAACAAACAUCAUUAAGGUGAUGAAGCCCGGAGGAAGCUUGUUGUUUAGGGAUUAUGGUCUCUAUAACUACGCCAUGCUGAGAUUUGCUCCUGGUCACAAACUUUCAGAAAACUUCUAUGUUAGACAAGAUGGAACUAGGGCAUAUUACUUUUCAACAGUAAUCGAACCUGGACCUCCUGGUUGUGAAGCCAGCACUUGAUAAGACUGUCCACAAUCAAAGUUCCGGAUACAUAGGAAUCAUCAUAUUUGUAUCUGUGUGUAUGUAUAGUCUGUUUUCUGCCUGUCUGUCCGUUUCACUAAUUUUCUCAUGUACAUUAGAAGUUCAGAUUGUGUAUCAUGAUUUUGACCCAAGUUAAGGUCACUAGAAAUAUUUGUUGGUGCCAUGACUUUGUAGUGGAGAGACAUUAGCUUUUGCUUGGCAAGAUGGUGUUUCAUGUCCCUGAUCCAAGGUCAUUGUCAAGUACAGUCAUAGUCUGGUCCAUAAGUAUGUAAUGCAAGGAUUGUAGAAAUUUGCAUGGCUGUUGCAUUCAGGUAUUCUGUAAAUUAAAUAUGUGCCACAUAGGUUGAACCCUAAAGUGGUUUAGGAUAGAUCUAGUUUAAUGACAAUUUAUGCAUUGUUUAAGGACCAAAAAUGAGGUUAAGGUCACAAUUCAUCAUUCAUGGAAUUUAGAAAAUUGGUUUUGUUAAUAUAAUAAGCACAGUCACUAACCCAUUCAUUAUGAUAUUAUCUUGAAAAUAUUAAUUUCUUUUCAUAACAUGAAUGUUUGAUGUUUUUACGACAGUCUGAAUAGAGUUUAGUUUGUAGAGAAACUGUUGUAAAAUAUAAAAGUUUCAUUUUCUGUCAGAGAAAUUGCUGGAGCUGGUUGGGAGGUGUGGCUUUGAUUUGACACAGAGUCAGUGUGAGUAUGUGCAGAGGGACACCGUCAACAAGAAGGAGGGCCUGUGUGUUCCUCGGAUAUUUACCCAGGGAAGAUUCAUCAAACCAAAUCCAACAACAAACAUGGCAGCAAAUAAUAAUGUGUGAAUACUUAUUGGUGAAUGUUUGUCUGGUGGAAGAUUGAUUGAUUUUGCAAGGACUCUGCUGAUGACAGUAAAGUGCACUGUUAAAUAAGAUUGAAAGGUCAUAUUGCAGAUUACUUCAGAACUUGGGAAGAAUUAUCUUUUUUACAAUUUUUAGGAAAAAAUAUUAAUCAAAACAGAACAAACAUGACGACAACCUAUAUUGUAUGAAUACUUAACUAGUGAAUGUCUAUCUGGUGGGAUCUCUAUGGGGAAAAAUGAAUGGUUUUGAAAGGUUCCUGCUGAUGACAGAAAAGUGCGCUGUUAAAUAAGAUAGAAAGGCCAUAUCACAGAAUACGUCAGAACACGGGUUGUAGGAAAAAAAUGUGAUUAAAUCCUAACUUUUACCUGUUUUGUUUAAACGUCUGUGGCAGCAAGUUUUGAUGAUUCGGAUUCUAAUCAUACAUUUUUUAUUAGAUGACAAUAUAUUAGAAUAGUGAGAAAUGACAUACAACAGAAAAUGUGUAUAUUUAUUGAUGUUUUUUCUGUAUUGUUUCUUUAUGAAAGAACUGACCUUUCAGUUAGGCAAAACAAAAACCAUAUCUAAAAUUGGGAAUAAAUGUCUAUAUUAUGUUCUAUGGUACAAUAUUUUAAUGUUGGGUAGUUUUGUGUUGCAUCCAGAAUGUUAGAUAUCUGUAAAUUUUGCUCCAGGUACAAAAUGAUACAAACAAUUUUUUUCUUUCGAAGAGACUUUAUAUGAUGUCAUUCUUUUAUAAAAGUGGAUAAUUCCUUGAAUUCUUUUCCCCUUUGACUUGGAGAGUGAAAUAUUUUCCACAUUUCAAAAAAAGUACAAAACAAUAGUCAUCAUGGUAAAUUUGUUUAUUCUUCAUCUGUUUACCUUUUUUAUACCUCAAAAAAUGGUUGUCAGGGAGAACAGAGUGUACUGAUAUUAGAUUUACAACAUAACAUGUAAAAUAUUAAUGCAUUACAAAUUUUACACUUGGAAAAUAUCAAUUGCUGCUUCAAUAAAAUUACAUAUAUGGACAUUGCACCCUCAGUAAAGGUUUACAAAUUAAAAUAAACUUCAUAAUAUGUUGACUUAACGUUUAAAGUGUAAUAUAAACUUAAAAAUCAUAUACCAUACGGAGUGAAUUUUCUGAGUAGAAGCAAAAUUGUAAAUAUCACAUUGGCUGAUUUUCUCAAGACAAAGAAGAGUUAUCUCCCAUAAUAUAAGAGUAAAGUUUUACAACUUCUGAAAAUAAUUUACAAUGGCAUUGAUGAUUUUACUGUUUUUUUUUGGGGGGGGGGGGGGUUGUCACUCUUGGUUUUCCUUUGCUAUUCAUCUCUGAAAAAAAUAAAGAAAUGCCUAAUACAGGAUCUCUUUGAUGUGCCAUUUUACAUUAAUUUCUGCAUUAUGUCACGUUUCCCAGUAGAAACAGGAGAAAGAUAACUGCAUGCUUCCUGCUGACAUCUUAUAUAUAGCAAUGAUCCAAGUCCAUACCGUUUUUCGUCCUCACAAUGUCUUAUGCAUUGUUAAAUCUAGUGGUCUACCACACGCAGCACAACCUUUUUCCAAAUUGUCCACUAGAAUUCUAAGUUCCACAACUCGUCUCCCACUUCUCUAACAAAUUAUCUUCUCAUGCUCUUCUUCCGAUUCCUCACUCUGAUGCAUCAGAUAGAUACGUGUCUUCAUUUCCUAGACAUUCUUGUGAAUUAUCACCAGACGAACAAUUUUUUCUUGAUUCAUCCAACUUUUCCUCGAUCACCACGUUGUUAUUGGCAUCAACAUUCACUAUCUUACGUCCAAGGGAUAAUGCAUAACCUUUCUUAGCAUUCUGUAACCUUUGAUGACGUUUUUUACUAAUAAUUUUUCCUGAAUGAUUCUGGCAUCACAAUUGUUUACAUUGUUUACUGACCCCCUUUCCUGCUCUUAAAACACAGAAGAGUUCCAAACAACUAUAAAUGAGAAAACCAAAACCAACCAAAGUAUUUUUUUGCCAUGGGAACUCUUCAGUGCUAAAGGUAGAAAAAUUUGUUUAUAUCAUCUGGCCUUAAUGAACAAACAAACAAAUGAAAUAUUAACUUGAAUACAUGUGUAUCAAGAGAAAUGUGACUUUCAUACAUUGUGAAAUCUUUGUUUUCUGGUUUUACAUGUGGGAUGAGUUCAGAUGUUGUUUUAAUGUCCCCUUAAAGAUCAGCAAUAUCAUUUCUAGAGGCGUAGGUAAGCCAAUCAAUAAAAGUGUGGAAACACGCUGUUACGCAAAAGUGUCGUUUAUAUUUUUGAUAUGUUCUGAAUAAAAUGGGUGAUGAUUUGUU